AUGUUGCGCCUCGGUUGGUCUCUUCGCAAUGUGCAGUCAAGGUUCUAUUCGGCACAAAGUGUUUUCGAGAAGGCUCAACUGGAUAUGAAACGAUUGAAAGAAGAGCCCGACAAUGAGAUGAAGUUGAAGAUCUAUGCGCUUUUCAAACAGGCUAGUGAUGGUGAUGUGAGCGGCUCUCGUCCAGGGAUGAUGGAUUUUGUGAAGCGAGCCAAGUACGAUGCGUGGAGUCAGCACAAGGGAAUAUCACAGGAUGAUGCCAAACAGAAGUACGCGAAUUUGAUCAAUCAACUACUUGGUGAGGAGGCGUCGAGUCAACAAGCAGAUACCGGCUCCGCUUUUGAGGGACUUCCAAAAAUCGGUGGACUUGACUAUUCGGUAGAAGGAAAGGUGUUCAAGAUGACGCUGAACCGCCCAAAGAAAUUCAACGCUUUGACCCUUGAGAUGUACAAAGGAAUUCAGGCUAGCCUCAAGUUUGCUCAAAACAACGAUAAAAUUACGAUAGCAGCAUUGACGGGUACGGGUAACUAUUAUUGUUCCGGAAACGACUUGAGCAAUUUUGCUGCCGCUGCAACGAAAGGCCCUGCCGAAGUGAAAGUGAUGGCUGAAGAAGCAAAGAAUAUCAUGAAGGAAUACGUACAGGGUUACAUCGAUUUCGACAAACCACUCGUCGCUUUGAUCAAUGGUCCAGCUAUCGGCAUUUCGGUGACUGUUUUGGGACUUUUCGAUGCUGUUUAUGCUUCGAAUAAGGCCACUUUCCAAACGCCAUUUGCACAAGUCGGUCAGAGUCCUGAAGGUGUUUCAGCGUACACAUUUCCUCUUCUGAUGGGGCCCUUGAAAGCUGCUGAAGUGCUUUUGUUUGGGCGUAAACUGACGGCUACGGAAGCAAAAGAGUGUGGACUGGUGAACGAAGUUUUCAAUGAGGCCGAUUUUGUGCAGCAAACCACGGAUCUUUUGGCCAAAUAUUCACUUCUUCCACCGCAAAGCAUGCGAGAAAGCAAGAGGCUCUUGAGGAAAAUUCACAAGGAUUCGUUGUACAAAGUUAAUGAGGUAAGUUUAGAGUAUCGAUUUGCU